GGUUCUACAAUUCCAAUCAGACGAUUAAAUUUAAUCUGAGGAGGGGGACAACUUUGUGGAGUUCAAAAUAAAAAUUAAAUAAAACUUAACUCAACCCCAUACGACUCCAAUUUCCCCUUUUCCAAAUGGCCCAAGUACGGGGAAAUUUACGCACUGCAGCCCAUUGUAAUAUUGUAUGAUCCUUACUGAUUAUAUCAUCAGCUGGCACAUUUUUUCUUUUCUAAGUGGAAUGACCCUCACUAAAUUGGUAAGGAAAAAAGAUGGGGAGACUGAAAGUUGUGCGUCUGUCAAUUUUAGUAGGUAAAUUCUUAACCAUUACCACGAAAGGAAUUAAUAGUCCUUAUUGCUAUUAUUUGUGGUUGUUGGCGGCAGGGAUUUAUCUAUUCUUAUAAAAUGUGUUGAAUUAUACUUUUGUAGUGGGAUUUGAUUUUUCAAUCAUUUUUCAUAUUUGUACUCUAUAUCUUUACCUAAUUGAUAUUAUUAAUUAACAAUGACCAUUUCCAAAAUAUAUGCUCGUAUAGUCUACGACUCCAGAGGUGACCCUACCAUUGAAGUUGACGUAACCACUGAAAAAGGUAAAUUCAGUGCUAUUGUCCCCUCUGGAGCUCAUCACAAUUCCAAUGAAUGUUUAGACUUGAGAGACGGCGAUCUUUCUAAAUGGAAUGGUCUUGGUGUUACUCAAGCAGUUCAUAAUGUCAAUGAUAUAAUUGCUCCUGCUAUUAUUAAAGCAAACUUAGAUGUGACUGAUCAAGAAUCAGUUGACGAAUUUCUCAUUGAUUUAGAUGGUACACCAAAUAAAGAGAAAUUAGGGGCAAACGCAAUUUUGGCUGUAUCAUUAGCGGUUGCAAAAGCCGGCGCGGGAAAGAAGGGGUCUCCACUAUACAAACAUAUUGCUGAUUUGGCAAAACUUCAUGAAUAUCCAUUUGUAAUUCCAACACCAUUUUUUAAUGUCUUGAAUGGUGGAAUUCAUUCCGGUGGAGAAUUAACGUUUCAGGAAUUUAUGAUUGUCCCCUACGGAGCCCCCUCAUUCUUUGAAGCUGUUAGAUAUGCAACCGAAAUUUUCCAUAUUCUUAGAAAUAUUACCACCGAGAAAUAUGGAGCAACUGCAGCAAACUUAGGGGAUGAAGGUGGUAUUGCACCUAGUUUGGAUACAGCUAAUGAGGCACUUGAUUUAAUUGUCUCUGCCAUAAAGGGUGCUGGUUAUGAAGAUAAAGUUGGUAUUGCUUUAGAUGCCGCAGCAUCUGAUUUUUAUAAGGAUGGUAAAUAUGACUUCAAUUUCAAGAGUAAAAAUUCCAAUCCUAAUGAUUAUUUAACUAGUGAUCAAUUAGCUGAAUUUUACUUGGGAUUAAUUCAAAAGUAUCCUAUUAUUUCAUUAGAAGAUCCAUUUGCAGAUCAAGAUUGGGAAGCAUGGGUCAAAUAUUUCCCUACAUUUGAAGGUAAGGUUCAAAUUGUUGCCGAUGCUAUUACUGCAACUACUCCUGAAAUUAUUGAGAAAGCAAUUGAAAAGAAAAUUGCAAAUGUUUUACUUUUGAAAUUGAAUCAAAUUGGUACUUUAACUGAAGCCAUUGAUGCCGCAAAGAUUGCCUACGAUGCAGGCUGGGGAGUUCAAGUUUCUCAUAGAUCUGGGGAAACAGAAGAUACUACUAUUGCAGAUUUAGCAGUCGGAUUGAGAACGGCUCAAGUAAAAUCUGGCGCUCCUGCCAGAUCUGAAAGAUUUGCUAAGUACAAUCAAAUUAUUAGAAUUGAAGACAAUUUAGAACAGUAUGCUAGAUAUGCUGGCAAAGACUUCCACGAUUCAAAUAAGAUUUGAAUACUUUCUAAAUCGUUAACUUCUCGUUAACUUUUAAUCAAUUUUUUAGUUUACGCUGUUUUUAUGCUUAACAGUAUACUGCGAUCAAUCAAAAUGAUAU